GUAGAAUACAAAAUGAUGUGGAUUGAGCGAUCUAAUAAGCGACUUCCGUCGUCUGAAAAUAUAAGGAGUUUCCAUAUCCCUGAUCUGUCACGUGUUUUUGAAAAAUAUUUCUUUGAUAUUGUUGAAGGAGAAAGAUGAAAUUUUCGUACAAGUUUAGUAAUUUACUUGGUACAGUUUACCGUAAAGGAGAAUUACUCUUUUCUCCAGAUGGAUCAUCAGUGAUUAGUCCUGUAGGCAAUAGAAUUACAAUUUUUGAUUUAAAAAACAAUAAAUCUAUAACGCUUCCUGUGGAAAGCAGAUUUAAUUAUGUUACUAUUGAUAUAUCGCCAAAUGGCAGCAUGUUAGUUGCGAUUAAUACAGAUGGUGAAGCUCAUAUAAUUAGUUUGAUAAGUAAAGUUAUUCUACAUAAAUAUAGAUUUAAAGGGCGUCCCAAGCGUGUAAAGUUUUCUCCAGAUGGAAAAUAUUUUGCAGUUUGCAAAGGAGGCGGUGUUUUUGUUUUCAAUGCACCAGGUUUACAAACAGGAAAUUAUAAUCCAUUUAUUAUGGAACGUGCAUUUCAUGGAGCUACUGCUGAAACUACAUGCAUUAGUUGGUCCUUUGAUUCAAAACUAUUAGCAGUCGGUUCAAAGGAUACAACUAUAAAGAUAUAUAGUUUACAAAAAUGGGCGAAUCUUAAGUGGAUUACAUUGGGUGGUCAUUCUAACGUAAUAGUAGCAUGUUUCUUUGAAAGUAAAGAUUAUGAUAUGUAUACUAUUAGCAAAAAUGGCCGAGUUUGUGUGUGGGAAUGCACGCUCGAGCCGGACGAUUGGGUUGAAUGGCAACCACCUGCGAAAAAAGGGAAAUCUGAAGAUAGUGAGAGUGAUAGCGAGGAUGAUAUUGAUACAAAAAAAAUUAUAGAAAGAACAAUAAAGCAACAAGCUCGUGCUGAACGUAAAUUAUUAGAAUCAGAUGAUUUGCUGGAAAAUGAUGAAAAAGAGGAUGAUAUAGAAGAGGAGAAUACUACCAAAAAGACUGGAAUCAAAAUGUUAGGUUACAAAAAGCUAGCUACUUUUUAUUUGGGAAAUGAAGUCCAGAAGCACUAUAAGGAAGCAAAGCUUACUACAGCCGCUUAUCAUCAGGAUACUCACAUAUUGAUUAUAGGUUUUAAUAUAGGUUCAUUUUAUUUAUACGAAAUGCCGCACGCCAAUUUGAUCCAUUCAUUAAGUAUUUCCCGACAACGUAUCUCUUCGAUCGCAUUAAAUUCUACUGGAGAUUGGAUAGCUAUAGGAUGUUCCCACGCCGGUCAACUACUAGUUUGGGAAUGGCAGAGCGAGACAUAUGUCAUGAAACAGCAAGGGCAUAGAACUAAUAUGAACUGUCUUGCGUACAGUCCGGACGGCCAAUAUAUCGUGACGGGCGGUGAUGACGGGAAAGUUAAACUAUGGAAUACCUUGAGCGGUUUUUGCACGCUCACAUUUCAUGAACAUACCUCAUCGAUAUCCGGCGUUUUGUUCAGCCACAAUCGUAAAUUCAUCGCGUCUGCCUCGUUGGACGGAACGAUACGAGCGUAUGAUCUAGCGAGAUACAGAAACUUUCGAACUCUCACGUCACCACGGCCGGUGCAAUUUUCUUGCUUGGCGAUCGACGCAAGUGAUGAGUUUCUUGCGGCGGGUGGUCAAGAUUUCUUCGAUGUGUAUCUGUGGAGCAUGAAGCUCGGAACUCUUUUAGAGAUAUUGAGCGGUCACGAGGGACCUGUCGCAAGCUUGGCGUUCAAUCCCAAUCCUACCAGUACGGAACUGGUGUCCGCAUCUUGGGAUAAGACAUUAAAAAUAUGGAAUGCCGUCGAGAACGGUUCCGCGCACGAGACUAUACGAUUAAUUGCCGAUGCGUUGUGUGUAACUUACAAACCGAGUGGGGAAGAGAUUGCUGUCGCUACAUUGGAUGGACAGAUUACGUUUUUCGAGUGUAAAACGGCUAGACAAACGGGUUUCAUCGAGGGCAGAAACGAUUUAGGUGCCGGUAGAUCUAAAACAGAUCUCAUUACAGCAAAGAAAAAUUUACAGGGCAAAGCCUUCACUACUUUAUGUUAUUCGGCCGACGGUACGUGUAUAUUAGCUGGUGGUCGUUCCAAGAAUGUGUGCAUUUAUAAUGUUCGAGAGUCUAUAUUGUUGAAAAAAUAUGAGAUCACUCAGAAUAGAUCUCUGGAUGGCGUAGACGAUAUUAUAAACAGGAAAUAUAUGUCUGAAUUUGGAAACAGAUCCUUAAUUGAGCAUCGUGAAGGUGGAAACAUAUCUUUACGAUUACCAGGUGUCAGAAGUGGCGAUAUGGCAAGCAGGAGAGUCAAACCAGAAGUGAGAGUACUUUGCUUACAAUUCUCUCCUACAGGACAAGCAUGGGCUGCGGUAACAACAGAAGGUUUACUGAUAUACUCUUUAGAUAUUGGAUUGAUGUUUGAUCCGUUUCAAUUGGAGCUUGGCGUUACUCCGGAUACCGUAAAAAAAACCCUUGAUGAAUGCGAUUAUGCAAAAGCUCUAAUGAUGGCACUGAAAUUAAAUGAGAAGCUAUUAACGCAACAAGUUAUAGAAGCUAUUCCAUACAAAGAAAUUGAAUUAACGACGACGAAUAUGCCAGACAUUUAUGUGGAGAAGCUUCUGAAAUUUAUAGCGUCCGAAUUGGAAUCAACCAGGCAUAUACAUUUCUAUCUUCUAUGGAUAGAAACAAUUCUGACAAAGCACGGGUCGCGAAUUAAUACUGCACUUCAGAUGCCGGUAUUAUUGCUGCUACAAAAGAAUAUGCAGAAGAAAUACGACGAUUUGAGUAGGAUAUGUGAUUUUAACGAAUACACAAUAAGCUAUAUACUGAGAAUAGGGGAAUUAAAAUCUGCAAAAAAUAUAUCGAAAUAUUCCGUUAUCAGGAUAGAUGAUGAAUCUCUCUUUGACACUUCUGUAGAACAAAUGGAUACUGAUUGAAUUUAUUUAAAUUUCAUAGAACGAAAGCAGUGUAUAUACGAAAUUGUUGUAUAGGAAAAAUAAAUAUAAAUUCUGGAUCUC